AGAACUGAGGCUCACACGCAGCCUGGUCACAGCACUUCAUGGUUGUCCAGCUCCUUACAGCCAUCCUCACAAUAACGAAGGUUAACUUCCUUCACUCUAUGGACUCCUAGCUGUAUCUGUUCCUGAGGACUCGAAGAAUCCCCUCGCUUCCUUAACUUUAAUCUCACACUUCUGGAUAACUGUCAGCGCUACUCACUGCCAGGGUUGGGCAGCAACAUCUGGAGCAGUUAAAAAAGCAUGCAAGACGACAGUUUAGAAACCUCAACUUCAAUAUCUCAGCUUCUGAGAGAGAGUUAUUUAGCAGAAACUAAGCAUCAAGGGAAGAGUGAAAGAAGCAGAUCAGAGCCAGUUUCUCAGAAUUUCCAUUAUGGCAAUGCUUCUGGGGAUUCAGAUGAGGUAGCUGCCCAAGAUGACCUCCCAGAUCUCUCUGCCUUUUUGAGCCAAGAAGAGCUUGAUGAAAGUGUAAACCUGGCAAGACAAGCUAUUGAUCAGAAUCCACUGGAAACUAAACAGGAUGAGCUUCAGGCACAUCCACAGCACCCCCCAGAUCAGCUGAACAACACAGGAAAACACAAACAAAUGGCACAGUCUACAGCUUUGAAAACGUCAGACAACAGCCUGCACUCCAACUUCUGUCAGGAACACAUCACAAAUACAAAGGGGUCCAAAGCGAGCUCUCAAGAUCUAAAGAAACACCACCUCCCUUCUGAAUCAGAAUCCAAAAAGGAAUUCCUAAACAAGGCGGCAGAUUUCAUUGAGGAGCUUUCGUCACUUUUCAAAGCUCACAACUCUGAAAGAAUACGACCCCGAACAUGCAAAAACUACAAGAGCAAAAUUGAUUCUAAGAACAAGUCUGCUCAAAAAGGUAGCUCGAGCCUGUCUCUCGCGUCAGAAAACAGAGAAAGGCUUUCCAUUCUAACACCUCAAGACUUGGAAAACAAACCAGGGAAAACUUUGGAACAAACAGACGAUCAACAGGCAGCAAACCUGGAAUCUAUCAGUCAAUUAACAAGUGCAGAGCUGAAAACAGAGUCAGAAUCUGCAUCUGUAUAUUCUGAUGAGCCCAUUGGACAACCACCACGCUUUACUCAAAAACUGAAGAGCAGGGAAGUUCCUGAAGGAUCUAAAGUGCAAUUGGACUGCAUUGUGGUAGGAAUCCCAGCACCUGAAGUCAGGUGGUACUGUGAAGGGAAGGAGCUUGAAAACUCACCAGACAUUCAAAUUAUCCAGACAGGUGAUCGGCACUCAUUGAUUAUUGUUGAAGCUUUUGAGGAGGACACAGGGCGCUACUCGUGCUUUGCUUCCAACAUCUAUGGAACAGACUCCACUUCUGCAGAGAUUUACAUAGAAGGCAUCUCUUCCUCUGACUCUGAAGGUGAAAUCAUCAAAGACGAAAUGGAUCACAAACCAAAGGCAGCCAACACCUCUGUGAAUGCAGCAUCUCCUGCUGUCAGAACUGCAACCAAGCAUCAAGAAACCUCCAAGGCGCCACCAGCUGUGGUUCAGCCUGUGUCUGUACCUGUCCAGGCUGUGUCAACUCCAGUGAACCAGGCUCAAAGCCCUACUAACUACUUGCAAGGACUGGAUGGAAGACCUAUAAUUGCAGCUCCUGUAUUUACAAAGAUGUUACAGGAUAUUUCAGCUUCUGAGGGGCAGCUUGUUGUUUUCGAAUGUCGGGUGAAAGGAGCUCCUUCCCCAAAGGUUGAAUGGUAUAGAGAAGGAACACUGAUAGAAGACUCUCCAGAUUUUAGGAUAUUGCAGAAAAAACCACGAUCUAUGGCUGAACCAGAGGAGAUUUGUACUCUCGUUAUUGCUGAAGUAUUUUCAGAAGAUUCUGGCAGUUUCACCUGCACUGCAAGCAAUAAAUAUGGCACAGUGUCCAGUAUAGCUCGCCUGACUGUCAAAGCACCUGAAGACAGCAGUAAUGCUGCUGCCCUUCACACAACGAGCUCCAUCGACUUUGUUGCUACGGAGCACCAGGCUCCCCCACAAACUCCUCCCAGUCACAGAGCAAAUCAAACACCCAAAGCUAAACUCGAAGGUGUUCUUGUGAACCAUAACGAACCCAGGUCCAGUUCCAAGGUCGGGCUCCGUGUCCACUUCAAGCUGCCUGAAGAUGAGAAAGGAAGUGAAUCAUCCUCAGAGGAUGGACCUGGCACCACAAACCAAAUCAGACCCAACCAUUUCCCAGAGAAGAUAAAUGGGCAGCCAAUGAAAAUACCAGAGCCAACAUCACCAUCCAAGGAACCUCCCCCAGUACUGGCUAAACCAAAGCUCGAUCAGAGCCAGUUAAAACAGCUCCACAACCAGGUCUUGCUUGAACAACAGCAGGUGCAUCAGGCGUCUCUAAGAGAGCUCUCAUUCAACACCACUUUGGUGAAUUCUGCUACUUCCUUCUACCAGCAGUCCACCUCAAGCCUGUACAAGCAAAGCUCGGCCUCUGCCUCACAAGCCUUCGGCUACAGCCGCCCCAAGCAGCUCCUGCCACCACCAACGCCCCCGCCGGCCAGCCCCUCUGCCAGCUCCUCGGUCACGUUCAGCAGCAUCCCUCAGGCAACUCAGAGAACAAACGUGGAAAACUUCCUAGGAAAUCCUCCACCCGCCCCAUCAAGGCCGUCAGGAGGGUUUACAAGUAAAAGCGAACAGUCUCUGCCGAGCCCUAAAGAAUCCGUGGUGCCCCCGUUAACGCUCUCCACGUGCAGUGUAAAACAGUUCCAGGCACAGACGGUGACUCCCGCUCCCCUCUCCCCAACUGGACGGAUCCAGAAUCCCGUCGCUUUCCUUAGCGCCGUUCUCCCUUCGCUUCCCACCGCGCCAUCCACCAACGCCAUGGGGCUGCCCAGAAGCACACCGGCCACCCCAACCCAGGGAUUAACAAAGAAAAACCUGAAGCCUCUGCCAUUAGCAACAGAAGACUCUAUUCGGGAAAACAAAGUUGCACUUGUAAAGGACCUGGAAAGAAAACUGCAUUUCAGAGAGGAUGCUAAUCAACAAAGUGGUCAGCAGGAGUACAGGAUUUCAAGCUUUGAGCAGAGGCUGAUGAAUGAAAUCGAAUUUCGCCUUGAGCGGACACCGGUGGAUGAAUCGGACGAUGAAGUCCAACACGAGGAAAUCCCUACAGGCAAAUACAUAGCUCCCAUCUUUGAUAAGAGACUCAAGCAUUUUCGGGUCAUGGAAGGAUCCCCUAUUACAUUCACCUGCAAAAUAGUUGGAAUACCUGUUCCCAAGGUCUACUGGUUCAAGGAUGGCAAGCAGAUUUCAAAGAAAAACACACAUUUCAAAAUGAACAGAGAGGAAGACGGAACAUGUUCUUUACAUAUCGAAGCUGCUAGUAAUGAUGAUGAUGGAAAUUAUACGAUUAUGGCUGCAAACCCACAAGGGAGGAUCAGUUGUUCAGGACACCUGAUGGUUCAGAGUGUCCCUUUUCGGGGACGAAUAUCAACAACUCAGCCUCACAGAACACGACCCCGGGUGCCAGAAGGAGACAAAGAGGCAGUUCAAGAACGCUUUUUCAGGCCUUACUUCCUACAGGCUCCAGGUGACAUGGUGGCACAUGAAGGGCGGCUCUGUAGGUUGGAUUGUAAGGUGAGUGGGUUACCAACUCCAGACCUGACGUGGCUCCUGAAUGGCAAACCUGUGCUCCCAGAUGCCAGACACAAGAUGCUGGUCAGAGAGACUGGAGUGCACUCUCUGCUCAUCGAUCCUCUCUCCCAAAGUGAUGCUGGAACUUACACCUGCCUUGCCACUAACAAAACAGGACAAAAUUCCUUCACUCUGGAGCUCACUGUUGUAGCAAAGGAAGUCCAAAGAGCGCCCAUGUUUCUGGAGAAGCUUCAGAACUGUGGUGUUCCAGAAGGUUACCCCGUCAGAUUAGAGGGCAGAGUUGUGGGAAUGCCACCUCCCGUAUUUUACUGGAAGAAAGACAACGAGACCAUCCCAUCAAACAGAGAGAGGAUGAGCAUGCAUCAAGAUACAACAGGGUAUGUCUGCCUCCUGAUCCAGCCUGCCAAGAAAGCAGAUGCUGGCUGGUACACCUUGUCUGCAAAGAACGAAGCUGGCAUUGUCUCCUGUACUGCUCGACUCGACAUAUACGCUCAGUGGCACCGGCAAAUCCCACAAGCACUCAAGCUCCGCCCCGGUGGCAGCCGCCAAGGACUCGACAUCUUCUCUGCCUUUCCAGCUCCUGAGAGCCCUAUGCUGUUUUCAUCCCCCACCCAAAAGUUGGUGGAGAGUGAAGAACUUUGAAAAACAAACACUUGGUUCAGUUCCACCUGCGGAGAUACUUAGAACUGUGAAAAACUAAAUAAUAAUAAUAAUAAAAAAAAGAGGUACAACUCACGAUGCUCAAGGUUUACAAGCAACUUGUUUGUAAUUAAGGGUUCUGCUGCUGCAAAUGCUGCAAGUAAUAUAUCGUACGAGACAUUUGUGUAUGAUUUUAAUGCAGGAUAAUUGUGGUAUGGAGUGUUGUGCAAUAAAUUCAGUACUGUGUAGUUUGCUAAGAAUUACAUAGUAAACAUAGUUUUCAGCACCUAAAAGCCAGUACCACUUUCUUGAAUUAGAGCUACUGCACUGUAGCUGCCAUGGUAAGGAUUGAUGAUGAUUAGCUGGAAUACUGCCAGUGAAAGCACUGACAUUACAGUAACACCAGUCCUGAAUGAGGGUAAACAACAAGACUUUGAAUGUAAUUUUAAAAACAUGCCAAAUAAUCACAAAGCACAAGUUAAAUGAAAAAGAUGUAACUCAUUUUUAUAUAUGAUUAUUAUGCCAACCUAUUCUAGAAUUUUUGAACUCCAGACUAGAUAAAUAUAGCAUUUCAUCUAGGUACAGCUGUAUACCCUAAAUAUUUAUAUCUGUGUGUGUGUGUACUCCAUGGACUGUGUACUCUUGAUGUAAGGGUUCAUAAAAUAAGGUACAGGGCAUGUGCAUAAGGUGCAUAGGAAAUGGAAAUUCCUGUUGUCUGAAACAUGCUCUCUUGAGCCCGUAGCUGAAACUAUUUUCCAGAUGUACUUCAUACUUUUUUCAUGUUAGUGAUCCUCUGACUUUAACACAGAUGAAACCAAACUUGUCACUUCAUGGCUUUUAAAUAACAGUCUCUUUUUCCUAAUUUUUAAUGUGCAUCUACGAUCUAGCUCAUUUUAUAGCUGAAUGGAAAGGAAUUGUGACCUGGUAAAUUUUCACCACCAUUAAGGAAACAAUAACAACUGUGGUGUCUAAUAGGAAGACAGAAAAUACUGUUAAUAUACAAAAGUUAAGAAGUUAAGCAACCCUUAUAUGCAAAAAGCUAAAAAAAACACCAAAAAAACCAGUAGUAAUAAAUAAGGCAAAUUAAUGAAAGCUCAAUAGGUCUUAAGUGACAACACGAUUGAUUUAAAUAUAUACUGGCAUCUAUGCACUUACAUUAAUACUCCCAGCUGUUAGAAUCUGUGAAUGUCUAAGAUGUUUUCCUGCAUCUUUAAAUUACUGCUAACCCUCUCCUCUAGACAUUGUUUUCAAGCACUUACUGCUUUCAACAUGGCUGCAAGAUGCAACAAAGUCAUGAUCAAAGUCACUGAGAUGAAAAAAAAUUCUAAGAUACUUUCAUUUCAGACUAUGUUUGGGGUUUCUUCAAAUUUAAAAUUUUAACUUUAAAAAAAUCCCAUAUGCAAAGAAAACAAUGAAGAGUUAAGAGCAAAAGAAUAUUGGAUAUAGCCAGAGACUGAAAAGGAGAAUGCCUUUCACUGAGCUUUCCGCAAACAGAGCUUCUUUUGUUCCUAACUGUGGAUUCCCUCAGGAUUUAGAGGAAGCCAAUUUCUUGUGUUGUUUUACUUCCCACCUGAGUGAACACAAUAAAACAAAACCAUCAUUAUAACCCUCAUACUUCUGUUAGAAACCUCAGGCAACUCAACCCAGACUGGACAGACCAGAAAGCUAAAACACAAUCUUAUCCUAAGAGUUAAAACAAGGUGCAGGAAUUUCCAUGGGAAAGCAAAUGUUGCCCAUGUUGUAUCUCUUCCCUGACAAACCAAAUAAAACUCACAGCUAUUAAAAGUGACGCAUUGAGUUAAGUGACUUCAGUAAUGAGAUGCACAACUUAAGACAUACCGUGGGUCUGAUCUUCUAGGACAGAGAAUCUACUACUCCUGUUACCUUCACUUGGUUUUUAGGAUGGCUUAGGGAAUCCAAAACUACACCCAAAACUUCAAGUUUCCCAUAUUAGCUACUACUCUUGGAAAACUAAUCCAAGAAACGUUAUUGGGUUUUGCUUGCUUAAUUCAGUGCUGUUGGGAAAUGGAAAGGUAGGAAAUUAAGAAACAAAAGAUCAAACUUACAUCUACAGCCCCAGUCUUCCCAUUAUUUCACAAACCAGAGAGUAGGUUUUGAUCUCAAAUAUUCCAGGUUGUAUACUGGCCAUCAGGCUUUAUCCCUAAGCUUAGUCAAGAGAUGGCCUAUUUGGAAGUCCCCUGUGGCUCUUUUGCCUGGCUGAGAAUGAGUGGUUGGACUAUAUGACCCCCUGAGCUUUCUUCACACCUAAAUCACUCAAUGCUUCCUAAAUUAUUUUAUUUUCCACUGCCUGUCUAAAUAUCCUACCUGCACUAAGUUACCUGUAGCUGAGUAGAAACUAAGAAUUCAAGCAAGCACAAACUUUUCCUUUUUGCUGGAAUCUAACCUAUUAGGCAAGUCCAGCUACACGAGUUCUUCACACUGUGCAGAAGAAAGGAAUGCUAGUACUCACCACUGGCAAGUAUCUAGUUACCCAUGCUGGAAUCACACUGACCAGGAUUACUGACACCAGUAGUGGUUUCCACAUUUUACAGCAUCAGAUUUCGCACCCUAAAACGCAGUGCAAAUUAAAAGACAAAGUGCACAAUGCAAACAUACAAACUGUAUCUCUUCACCUUUUCUCUGCAAUAUCAGUGGAGCGUCUCCAAACUCGCAUCAUUACAACCUGAGCUGACAUACUGACCUUUCAGUGGUACAAUGUUUCUUAACGUGCACAUUCAGUUCUUUGGAAGUGGGAGGACAAGAAGCUGAAAGACUUUUCCUAAAGGUCUGUGUAAGAAGGAUUAAUCCUUAGUCAUUCAAGAAGGGGCCCCAGAAAUCCCAGUGCGACUCAGGCUACAGAAAGCAGAUAACAAAAGAUGUGUUAGCUGAAUUCUAAUGUUCUCUCCUGAACAGUAUUUCCUGGCAAAAAGAUCAAAACCCUUCACAUUUUUCUACAAAAUGCAGAAGUCAGCAAUUUCAAUUCCUUUCAGUAGCUCUGAUAAAAACGAACUCAUGCUCUAACCCCAAAUGGUCUGUAGUUGUUACAUUUUGUUCCUUAACUGCUACAGGACAUUUCUCCUCUGCGUGUACUGAGCCCACGAAGUGAGCCUGUAAAGGCACCUUGUGUGAAUGGGUGUCCAUGCUGUUUAACGAGUGGUACUGAUGUGCUCAUCACAAGGAAGAACUUGCAAGAAAACAACACCAAAAUUACGUUUGUGUUGUUAAGUGGUAGAAAAGACUAGGCAAAAAGGCCUGGGGAAGAGAAGGACGGUAGGACAGUCCUGUGUUGCCACACCAUGUCAGGAUGUGCUAGAGCCACUCUGCUCCCUCCUGAACAACAGGGCUGCUCAUUGCUGGUUUUUACUGAAUAAUCAGUUCCACGUCACACUAACACAAACUUUUCAUUCUCUUAUUCAGGGCAGGCUACUGCAGCAACAAAACUUAAUGCUCCACUGAAGUCACUGUUAUUUAUUAACUUCCAAAAGUCCAUGAAACCACCACAAUGUGGAGCAUAAUGCUGUGUGUGAUACAGAAACGCUCAUGUUUGUAACCUCUCAAGCACCUACUGAUUCACAAUCCUGUAGGUUUAUUCAGUUUCCCAUUUGCUCCCAGUCCUGGUUUUGUAUACAACCAGUCAGGGGCAUGGUGUAUUGCAAACUACAGCAGAAACGACACCUUUUGUGUUGCAAUUCUAGAUUUCAAAAAGUAUUAUUUCUGCUUUAAACUUUUGGUCUAGAUUGAUGCAAAGGCAGCCUGCAGCAGCAUUACAUAUGGGUCUGCACUGAUAUCAUUGGACCUCUUGCCUUAAAACCAGGAUUGAGUUCCUUGCUUCCACAUGGAAGGUGGAGCAACCCUCCUGAACACCUUACAUCUGCUAACACGAGGAGAUGCGAGCACACACUGCAAAAAGGAAAACCCAGGUCUGCAGUGUUCAUCUCAAUACGUAAACAACUGUCAGUCCCAACUGUUCACAGUAAUUGUAGUACUUCAACCAAUGAAUCCGGAAUACAGGUUCAUGGAAGAACUGUGUUCUUAAUGCUACCAGGUUUAAAAGCCUUAGUUUCCAAAAAAUGUCUUUACAAAACCUAAUGAAAUCUUUAUACUGUUAAUACCAGAGAAGUGAUUAAUUGAUAACUGUCUUAUUAUUUCCAAUACAAAAAUGUUCAAUUUGAGACUUAAAAUUCUAGUUAAUAUUUCUUCUUGAUUAAAGUUGAUUUUUUUAAAGUCAUUCUCAUUGGGAAGAAAAAUGUUCAUGUCAUUUUUAUAGGAUAUUUUAAGUGCACAUGAAAGGAAAAAAAAAACCAAACACCUGCCUGUUCAGUAAUGUAUUUCCAUUCACCUCACCUGAACUUAAAUAAAUGUUUCAGAGUUGCAUACAAGACUGUCCUCCACAUGUUCAAACAAUUGUGAACAUGUGCAACAAUGCCAGAAGUUUUCUCAGAACUUUGCUGUGACAGCUGAUUAACGAAAUCAGACUUUACAUUGUUUAGAAGAAAAUCAUAAAUAUUGUCAAGUUAUAUAUU